CUCUUCUACUGCAGUUUUCUUUAAGCAACUCUUUUUCCUCUCCCUCUCUCUCUCUCGACUUCUCAUGGCUUUCUCUAUUGCCGGCCGUUUCUCUCUUGCCGAGAAGCCCAGAGAAAACCCAUAAUUCAGUUUCAUUUUCUUGAGAAAAUUCACUGCAUUGAGGGUUCAAGGAGUUUUUAAACUUUAAAAUUGAGCAAAGUUGUGUCUUUUUUUCUUUUGUUUUCCCGGGAAAAAAAGAGGAACCUGUUUGAGUGUUGCCUCAAAGAGUUGUUACUGUUUUUUUGUUUGAUUUCGAACCGGGCUUGUGUAAAUUCGAUCUUUUUCGGGGUUUUCAAAUGGCUGGAGCUGAAGGAAACAGAGAGAAGCUCAAUCUUUCUUGGCCCGUGAAUGGGGUUUCAAGAGAUCCGCGGCACAAAUUCAUGAACCAAAGCGGUUUCCCGAAUGAGAAUGAAGCAGAAGGUGAUGAAGAAAUAGAGUUGAAUUUGGGGCUCUCAAUGAACGGUAGAUUUGGAGUCGACCCGGCAAAGAAGAAGCUCCGGCGUUCAUCUUCCGUAUCCAACUUGGUUCUCCCUGUUGGUUCCUUUGACAACGGGAGCAGCAGCCACCAAGCGCGUGGGGUGGCGGGUGAGAGUUACGCGCCGCUGACGAGAGCAUGCUCCCUGCCGAUCGAGACUGAGGAGUGGCGCCGCCGGAAGGAGUUGCAGUCGAUUAGGUGUAUGGAGGCCAGGAAGAAGAGAAUGGAGAAGUUGAAGAAUGUGAGGGUGAAAGAUAAAGAGAACAACAGUUCUGAAGAUCAUGCUCAUAAUGGGAGUGGAUCGCAUGAAGGUGUUCUUAAUGGAUUUCAGAACUGGAAUUUGAUGCAAUCAUCACAAGGCUCAAUUGGAUCAACAAGUAGUGGCUCAGCUAGAGUUUCUCAUCUCCAGAAUCAACUCAUUGAUGGAGGAAAUCGAAUCUCCACUAUCAGCAGCUCCGCCAGCCUUCCAAUUCUGCCGGAGCAGACCAUCCAGAUACCUGCCGUCAAGGGUGCUGAAAGUGAUCCAAUUGGGGUCGAUGAAGUGCAGAGGACCGCCUUACUGGAUAUGCCUUAUGUCUCAACAAGGGGAUCCGGACCUAACUUUAGAAAGACAGAGGGAUUCUUGUACAGGUAUAAGAGGGGAGACGAUGUGAAGAUCGUCUGUGUUUGCCAUGGGUUGUUUCUUUCACCUGCGGAAUUCGUCAAGCACGGCGGUGGUGGUGACGUAGCGCAGCCGUUGAAGCACAUUGUCGUGAACCCGUUCCCCCUGUUUUAGUCGUAGUUUGUCCUUAGUUUCUUGGACAACCAUGCACCCCUUAAUGGCAGGAUUUAGCUGCAGACUCUAGAUUAGUUUCAGGAUGCUACUUUCUUAGCUUUGAAUGUAUUAAACGAGAAAACGGGCGUUGCAGGAAAUUUUACCUGAAAACUUGUAUGGUAUUGUGAAUGUGUUUGCUCUUUUCAUC